AUGGAUGAGUCAAUUGCAGAUAUCGCCAGACGGCUAUCCGAUCUUGAAGUGGCACUUUUUCUGUGCCUCGUUGCUCGCGAACAUUGCUUGAUCGAGACCAUCAGUCACUGCAUUGAUGACCUUGCCAAAGAGCUUGCCCUGAUUGCCUGUUCAACGUUCAAUUAUUCAUAUAGCAUCAUUGACUGCUCCUCUUCUACGUCUGUUGAGGACAUUUACAAUGAGGUUCUCUCUCCUGAUGCCCGCGCAAGUCAUCGAGCAACGCGUCCUUGUUUGAAUCCUGAAGUGUCAAGCAAGCGUUCUUCCUACAAAAGCUUUGGAGAUCACAGCAAGCCACCAGCAACACCAACACCGUUAACGAACAACAAUGUUGUGAAUAUAGUGAUCGCCAAAAACUUCAACCUUGUUAGCGAUGACCUUCAAAUGCACAUUCUGCAAUUAAUGCGGUCGAGAGAACUAAUCACUGAGAGUGGUAUCCUAACCGCGCCCGAAGACUUUCUUUGCAUUCCUCUUGUGGCCCGAGAUUCUGAUCAUCUUCAGCCGCCCUUGAAGCAACACUUGCUCGAUAAUCUCUUCAUAUCUCAUUUUCACAGUCUUGAGGUUGGGUAUACACAUCUUGAAGAAGACGAUUGGAAUUCAGACGGACAACUCUCUGCUUCCUCUGUCAUUCACAAAUCAAAAGAUCGUAUACAACGAAGUGCCACUCUUGGCCAGAAGGAUAUGGAUCAACUCCGAGAAUCAAGCUUGUCUGUCAGUAUCAGCGCCGAAAUAGCGCGAUACAUCCAAGACAUCGUUGUAUUCUUACGCCUGAGUCGUGCGGUCUCUGGCGGGGUGUCUGCUAAAGCAAAUAUUGAAUUCUCACGAUUCGCACAACUCUUGGCUCCUUUACAUGGAAUUGACUUUUUGACACCGUCAAUUGUAGCAUUGGCUGCAAGAAAAGUUUUCCGCCACCGCAUCAUCAUCACAACACCAGGCGAAGACCGCAGUCUACAGUACGGAAGUAAUAUCCAUGCAGUAUCGCACGUACUCUCAGAGGUAACCGCAGAUUCAAUACUGGACGGUGUUUUGGCUCUUGAGCCACCGUUGUAA